UUGUUAUACGUGAUGUACCUAAUUUCAAAUACAAGUAUCCUCAACUUGUAGCUGCAUUAGCUUACAUGCCACAAAGCCUUAAAAAAGAUUUUGAAAAUUAUAAAGCAAAUGUGGUGAACCAUGACCUAUUUAGAAAUUUAACCAUCCAGGAAAUGAUAAAAAUUUCCAUUGCCAGUCAAAUGAGUAAAAGUGCUGUAGCCGAUACCUUAUACGCCUAUUUAGUUCCUGGUAGACUUGAAACGGGAAAACUCGGAUUUCCAGAUGCUAAAUUUCUUAAGGGCGGCAUAAUAGAAUAUAAACUACUUGAUUUAAUUAAUGUCACUAGCAAGCUUAG